AUGAUUGCAUUGACAUGUAAAUGUAGUUAAACAAAAUUAGUUUAAGAACAAAUUAAACUUGGAAGCUAUGUAUAAAUUCAUGAUCUAGAAAAAUUGAAUUCAAUAGAGUUCACAAAUCUAAAUUGUGACUAAGACUUACUUAAAUUGCAGCAAUCCUUACAAACAUGGAUUGAAAUAUUCAAAAAUAAAGAUUAUUUAGAUGAUGAUGUGAAUAAUCUAUCAGCAUUAAAACUCGUUAUUGAAAAUAUAAAAAACAAUCACAAUCCUGAAUUGACAAGUAUAUAAUACUUAUUAAUACAGGACUCUUCCAAUACAAAUAAUCUUAUGUUGAACUAGUCAAUUCAAUCAGUUUAAAUGAACUAACAGCAUUUGAUUAAUGGAGACAAGAAGGACCAUAAAAGCUAAUUUAAUCAAUUAAUCUCAUUGAACAAGCUUAAUCAUUCUCAGAUAUCCUAGAGUAUUGCACUCAAAUUGAUUAAAUGAUUAAUCUUCUUAUUAAUGAAAGAGAAGAAUUAAAAGAAGAACUUAAUACAUAACAAGUAACUAUUUUACAAUUAAUUAUAGAUGGUAGUAGAUAAAUUAGAACAAAAAUCAAAGGAAGUUUAAUAAGCACUUGAAUAAUGCAAAUUACAAUAAUAGCCUUAAUCUUAAAUUAAAUAACCUGAAAUUUAAUAACAAAUUACAAUUGAAGAUAAUGGAUUAAUACAUGAGUCAUCUAUUGAUCAAGAGAAACCAGUAUUUGAAAAUACUAUAGAAAAAGAAUAAGAAUUUAUAGAAUAUGGAUAUGGAUAUUGGUUAAGAUUUUUGACUUUAUAUCCAAAAAGAUUAGAAAAUGGAAAGGAUGCUCCAUGGUAUUUUUUAAGUAGAUUAACAUCUAAUAAAAAUUAUUAAAAUAUAGCAAUGAAUGAUAGAUUAUUGGCAAUAUGGUUAGGAUAAGGAUUCUAUCAUUUUACUACAUGUGAUGAAGUUUAAAAUUAACCAAAUAUAGUAUAAAAUGUUAAUCAUCAUGAUGAUAUUGAUGGAUAAUGGACAUAUAUUUAUUAUUCAUAUAAUUCUAUUUCAAAAUAAGCAAUUGGAAUUAUUCAAUUUGGAUAAGAAUAACCAUAAUAAAUUACUCAUAAUGUAUUACAUACAAAGUCUAAAUACUUAAGAUUUUUAGUAGGUGGCAAAGACAAUAAUUAAUAUCCUGGAUUUAAUGGUUAAUUUUCAUCAAUAUUCUUAUCAACUAAUUCUGGUGUAUUUAUUCCUACUCUUGAUAAAUUUAAUAUUUUAUUUAAAACAGUUAAAUAACCUUCAUAAGAUUUCGAAUCUAUAUUUAGAGUUCAAUUGAUAGAUUAAGAAAUAACUAGAAAUCCUAUACUUGAAGGAGAUUAUAUGGCAGUUGGAGGUGGAUCCAAGAAAUUCCCUUUAGAAUAUUCUAUUAGUGGUUGGUUUAAAUGGGAAGAGAUUGUUUAAUAAGUUUGGCAUUCAGUUUUUAGAGUAUAAAUUAAUAAACCAUCAACAGAUAAGUUUUUAGGAGAUAGAACAUUAUGUAUGUUUAUAGGAACAGCAUAAGGAGGAAUAUUCCAUUUUCCUACUUAUUCAUAUUAAAAUAUGAAGGGAGAGGGAACUUCUAAUUUAGUUAAUAAUAUUCAUCACAAAAAUAAACAUAUUGAAUGGUUUUUUGUAUAUUUUGGUUAUUCUAAAAAAUAAAAAAAAGCAUUUGUAUAAGUUAGAUUGUCAUCUGGUAUUGAAACUUUAGAAUAUAAUGAUGUUAAUCAUUAUUAUACACCUUAAUUUUAUACUUAUGUUGGUAAAGAUGAACAUUUUCCAGGAUUUAAUGGUAAAAUUGCAUAUGUAAAUUUUGUUCUUGGAACAGGAUCUUUUAGAAAUAAACCAGAUUUCAUUAUUAAAGAUGAUUUAUUUGGUUAUGAAAUUGGAGAUACAAAUCUUAUAAAAAAAGUGUAAAAAUAAAAUGAAUAAAAAAUUACAGAUGAUAUAAAAUAAGAAGAACCUCAUAAAUAACCUGAAGAAGUGAAACCAGCAUUAUAAGAUAAUGAAGAUAGAGAAGUAUCUUUUGAAUCUACUGAACCUGUAUUUGAAAAAGAAUAUGAAGAUUGUCCAUAAAUUUAUGGAUAUGGAUUUUGGCUUAGAUUUAUGCAUACUUAUCCUAAAAGACUUUUAUAAGGUAAGAAUGCUCCUUGGUAUUUCAUUUCUAGAUUAACAUCCAAUAGAAAAUAUGAAAAUGUUUAAAUGGGUGAUAGAUUAUUAGCUAUAUGGUUGGGAUAAUCAUUUUAUCAUUUUACUACUUGUGAUUCAUAAAAGAAUUAAGCUAAUAUUAUAUCAAAUAUUGAUUAUCCUACAGAUAUUGAAGGAGUUUGGACAUACAUUCAUUAUUCUUAUAGUAAAUAAAAUUAGAUGGCAAAUUCAUUUAUAAGAUAUUCAUAAUCUGAUAUUUAAUCUACAAGUAUCUAAGCAGUACAUCCUGAUAUAAGUUAUUUGAAGUUUAUUUUUGGAGGUAAUGAUUAAAAUAGAUAUCCUGGAUUCAAUGGAUUCAUAUCUAAAAUUAUGAUUACAAUUUCAAAAGAUAACUUUUUUGAAACUAAAGAUGAAUUCAUAGCAUUUGUGUCUAAAUUAGAAUAACCUAAAGUUGAUCUCACUGAUUUAAUAACUUAUUAAUUAAUUGAAAAUGAAACUUAGCGUUAAGACACUGAUGAAUCUUUGGAUAAAACUUUAAAUGAUAAAAAUUAGAGAUUCCCUUAAGAAUAUGCUAUUAGUGGUUGGUUUAAAUAAAUUGGAUAAUAGAGAUCAGCAUGGCACAAUAUUUUUAGAGUUUAAAUUUAAUCACCUUCAACAGAUAUUUAUUUGGGAGAUAGAACUUUAUGUAUGUGGUUAGGUUCUAUAGAAGGAGGAGUAUUACAUUUCCCAACUUAUACAUAUGAUGAUACUAAUCCAAAAGGAAAUCCAAACUAUUAUCAAAAUAUCAAACACAAUCAAAGACAUUUGGAAUGGUUUUAUGUGUAUUUUGGAUAUUAGAAAUCUACAAAAUUAGCAUAUGUUUAAGUAACCUGGCCUAAGGAUACAUAAGAUUUAUUGUAUUAAAAUAUCAAUCAUUAUUUGACUCCUUCUUUUUACAUUUUUGUUGGAAAAGAUAACUUUUAUCCAGGUCUAUCAGGAAAAUUGGCUUAUGUCUACUUCAACCUAGGGAAUGGAUCUUUUAAAAUGAAAAAUGAUAUAUCAGAUACAGUUGAAUCCUAUUUGAAAGGUAGUUAGGUUAUAAAACCAUAGAUUUCAAUUCCUUAAAAAAAAUAAUAAGAAUAACCUACUUAAGAAAUUAACUAAGUUAACUAAGAAGUUAAAUAAACUAAUUAAGAAAUUAAUUAAGAAGUUAAAUAAACUAAUUCAGAGAUGACUAAUUAAGAAAUUAAAUAAACUAGUUAAGAUAUUAAACAAGUUAAUUAAGAAAUUUAAUAAACUAAUUAAGAAAUUAAAUAAGUUAAUUAAGAAGUGAAAUAAUAAAAUUCAGAAAUAAAAUAAACUAGUUCAGAAGUUACUUAAGUAAACUAAGAAGUUAAAUAAACAAGUUAAGAAGUUACUUAAGUAAAUUAAGAAGUUAAAUAAACAAGUUAAGAAGUUAAAUAAGUAAAUUAAGAAACUAAAUAAACAAGUCAAGAAGUUAAAUAAGUUAAUCAAGAAACUAAAUAAACAAGUCAAGAAGUUAAAUAAGUUAAUCAAGAAACUAAAUAAACAAGUUAAGAAGUUAAAUAAGUAAAUUAAGAAACUUAAUAAACUAAUUCAGAAACUAGAUAAAUUAAUUAAUAAGUUUAAUAAACUAAUUAAGAAGUUAAACAAGCCAAUUAAGAAGUUAAAUAAGUAAACUAAGAAGUUUAAUAAACUAAUUAAGAAGUUAAAUAAGUUAACUAAGAAAUUAAUUAAGUUAAUUAAGAAGUUAAAAAAGUUAAUUAAGAAAUAAAAUAAGUUGAAUAGUAAUAAAAUAACUAACCUACUCAUAAUGAAGCUCCUUAACCUGAAUAAACAGCUAUUGUAGGACCAGUUCCUUUUGAUAAUGAUACCAUUAUAGAAACUUAUUCAGAUACACCAGAAUUAAGACCUGGUAAGCCUGAUCAACCAGAAUAGUAAUAAUGUUAAGAGUAAAUUAAUGACAAAGAUACUCCAACUGAUAAACCAAUAAUAAAAAAAAUUGUAGAUGAUAUUAUCUAAUAGAAAGAAUAAAGUUCAGAAGAAACUUAAACAGUCAAUUAAUAAUAAGUUAUAGAAUCUAAAGAAACCAAAGUUGAAGAAAGUUAAAAUAAUUCUGAAUAAAAAUAAGAAAUAAUUGAAAGAGUAGAUCAAAAUAUUGAGUAAAGUAAAACAACUACUCAAGAAACUCAAUAAGUAAAUUAGACAACAAACAUUAAAGAUGAAAAAGUAUCACAAACUACAUCAUAAGUUAAUGAGACAAAUUAAAAUACUUAAUCGGUGAAUGAAACUACUUCCGAAACUAAUUAAAUAACCUAAUAAACAAAUGAUGUAACAUAAAUUACAAAUAAAUAAACCUAAUAAACUAAUGAGAGCAUUUAAUAAAAUAAUAAAACAAUUUAAUAAACUAAUGAGACUGUGUAAUAAAAUAAUAAAACAAUAUAAGNUUAAUUAAGAAGUUAAAUAAACUAAUUCAGAGAUGACUAAUUAAGAAAUUAAAUAAACUAGUUAAGAUAUUAAACAAGUUAAUUAAGAAAUUUAAUAAACUAAUUAAGAAAUUAAAUAAGUUAAUUAAGAAGUGAAAUAAUAAAAUUCAGAAAUAAAAUAAACUAGUUCAGAAGUUACUUAAGUAAACUAAGAAGUUAAAUAAACAAGUUAAGAAGUUACUUAAGUAAAUUAAGAAGUUAAAUAAACAAGUUAAGAAGUUAAAUAAGUAAAUUAAGAAACUAAAUAAACAAGUCAAGAAGUUAAAUAAGUUAAUCAAGAAACUAAAUAAACAAGUCAAGAAGUUAAAUAAGUUAAUCAAGAAACUAAAUAAACAAGUUAAGAAGUUAAAUAAGUAAAUUAAGAAACUUAAUAAACUAAUUCAGAAACUAGAUAAAUUAAUUAAUAAGUUUAAUAAACUAAUUAAGAAGUUAAACAAGCCAAUUAAGAAGUUAAAUAAGUAAACUAAGAAGUUUAAUAAACUAAUUAAGAAGUUAAAUAAGUUAACUAAGAAAUUAAUUAAGUUAAUUAAGAAGUUAAAAAAGUUAAUUAAGAAAUAAAAUAAGUUGAAUAGUAAUAAAAUAACUAACCUACUCAUAAUGAAGCUCCUUAACCUGAAUAAACAGCUAUUGUAGGACCAGUUCCUUUUGAUAAUGAUACCAUUAUAGAAACUUAUUCAGAUACACCAGAAUUAAGACCUGGUAAGCCUGAUCAACCAGAAUAGUAAUAAUGUUAAGAGUAAAUUAAUGACAAAGAUACUCCAACUGAUAAACCAAUAAUAAAAAAAAUUGUAGAUGAUAUUAUCUAAUAGAAAGAAUAAAGUUCAGAAGAAACUUAAACAGUCAAUUAAUAAUAAGUUAUAGAAUCUAAAGAAACCAAAGUUGAAGAAAGUUAAAAUAAUUCUGAAUAAAAAUAAGAAAUAAUUGAAAGAGUAGAUCAAAAUAUUGAGUAAAGUAAAACAACUACUCAAGAAACUCAAUAAGUAAAUUAGACAACAAACAUUAAAGAUGAAAAAGUAUCACAAACUACAUCAUAAGUUAAUGAGACAAAUUAAAAUACUUAAUCGGUGAAUGAAACUACUUCCGAAACUAAUUAAAUAACCUAAUAAACAAAUGAUGUAACAUAAAUUACAAAUAAAUAAACCUAAUAAACUAAUGAGAGCAUUUAAUAAAAUAAUAAAACAAUUUAAUAAACUAAUGAGACUGUGUAAUAAAAUAAUAAAACAAUAUAAGAAACUAAUGAGACUAUUUAAUAAAACAAUAAAACAGUUUAAUAAACUAAUGAGACUGUUUAAUAAAUUAAUAAAACAAUAUAAGAAACUAAUGAAAAUACUUAAUAAAUUAAUUAAAGUAAUAAAUAAAUAACUGAAUAAACUGAAGAAUCUACUUAAAAAACUUAAUAAGUUAAUGAAACCACUUAACAAAUAAAUGAAACAUCAAAAGAAUAAGUGAAGACAGUUGAAUAAACAAUAGAAUAAUAAAAUCAAUAAAUAGUGUAAUCCGAUUACAAAAUUAUUGAUCAUAAAAAUGAUGAUACUAGUGAUGAAUAAACGAUAGACAUGCCCAUAUAAGAGGAUGAUUUAUGUGUUUAAAAUUAAGAUGAAGAAUUAGAAGAUGUUUAAGAAAUUAAGAUUAUACCAGGAUAAACUUAUGAAAAUUAAAUAUCAAAUGACAUAGAAGGAAAAAAUCCAAUAGUUGACUAAGGAAUAACUGUUGCAAAUAAUUAUCAAGAAUAUGGUUAUGGUUUUUGGAUGAGAUACUUAACAUUAUAUCCUAAAGAGUUAAUUAAAGGUAAAGAUGCUCCUUGGUAUUUCAUAAGUAGAUUGACAAGAAAUAAAAAUUAUGAAAAUAUGAAGAUGGGUGAUAGAGUAUUAGCAAUAUGGUAAGGAGCAGGAUUUUAUCAUUUUACUACAUAUGAUAUAGAAGGAUUAAAACCUAAUGUAUUAUUGAAUGUUGAUUAUCCAAAUGAUAUUGAAGGUGUUUGGACAUAUAUUUAUUAUUCAUACAGUGCAGAACUUGAGUAAGCUGUUGGACAUAUUAAAUUUGGAAAUUAAAAGUUUUCAACAAUUAAGUAAAAUGUGAAACAUGCUCCAACAAUAUAUUUGAGAUUUAUUUUAGGAGGUAGUGAUUAGAAUAGAUUUCCAAGUUUUAAUGGAAUUUUCACUAAAAUAACUUUUGGUAUAAAAAUGGGAACAUUUCUUUAGACAUCAGAAUAGUUGAUAAUGAAAUUAAAUAUUCAUGAUGCACCUUAAUAAAUUGUGGAAUAAGUUCAGAGUUUUAGAAUAGUAGAAAAUGAGGAAGCACGAACAUCAGAGAAUAUAUAUGAAUACAAAGAAAUAAGGAAUAAGAAAGUUAAGUUUCCUACAGAGUAUGCUUUGAGUGGAUGGUUCAAAUGGUCUACAUUAAUGGAGAAGGAAUGGCAUAACUUAUUCAGAAUAUAGAUUAGAAAGGAAUCAACAGAUAGUUUUUUGGGAGACAGAACAUUAUCAUGUUGGAUUGGAAAGACUUAAGGAGGUGUUUAUUAAUUCCCAACUUAUACUUAUACUAAUAUGAUUGGUAAUGGAAAUGCAAACUUAUAUAAAAAUAUAAAUUUAAAGGAUAGACAUACAAAAUGGCAUUUCAUAUAUUUUGGAUAUUCAAAGAUCAAGAGUUAAGCUAAUGUUUAUGUGAAAUGGUAGGAAGAUGAAGAUUAAUUAAUAUAUGAUAAUGUAAAUCAUUAUUAUGUUAAAAAAUUAUAUGCAUAUGUUGGAAAGGAUAAAUUUUAUCCAGGAUUGAAUGGUAAAAUGGCAUAUGUAGUUGUUAAUUUUGGAUUGGGUGCAUAUAAAAAUCAAAAACAAUUUGAUGAAGAGAUUUUCAAUUUCAAUUUAGGUAUUAAGGAAUUGAUUAAAAGUACUUAAGAUGUUUAAUUUUAACCAUUAAUAAGAUAAGAAAAAAUAGAGUAGAGUGGUUUUGAUUCAGAUUAACCUAGUUUUGAAUAAGUUGAAGAUGGUGAGAAACCAUUUAUGUAAUAUGGUUAUGGUUAUUGGAUGAGAUUUUUAACACUUUAUCCAAAAAAAUUAUAAAAUGGUAAGACUGCUCCUUGGUAUUUUGUUUCAAGAAUGACAUGGAAUUAAAAUUAUAAUGAUAUUAAUAUGGGUGAUAGAGCAUUAGCAAUAUUUUUAGGUAAAGGAUUCUAUUCAUUUUCUACUUGUAAUUUGAUUACAAAGAAUACAAACUAAGAAUAGAGACUUACACAUCCAGAUGAUAUCGAAGGGGUCUGGACAUUUGUUUAUUAUUCAUAUAGUAAAGAAUUAGGAAAGGCUGUUGGUUUUAUAAGAUUUGGAAAUGAUAAAUUUUAGUAGAUAUAGCAUACAUAGGUUACACAUUAAGAUACUAAAUAUUUAAAAUUAAUAGUAGGUGGAACAGAUAAAAAAAGAUAUCCUGGAUUUAAUGGUUAAUUUUCUAAGAUAUCAUUCUCAUCUAAAGAUGGUUCUUUUGUAGAUUAAGAGAAGAUUUUGAAAUCUUAUACAUUAGAGAGAAGAGUUUAAAAAAUUAUAACUAUGAAUGUAUUGGGAGAUUAAUAAUAAAGGAAAGCAGAUGAGGAAGGAGUAUUUGCUUAAAGUGAUAAGGUAGAUUUACCAACAGAAUAUGCUAUUAGUGGUUGGUUUAAAUGGUUAUUGAUAGACAAAUAGGAACCUUUACAUAGUAUGUUCAAAGUGACAAUCAGAAAUCCUUCAGAUGAUUAAUUAGGAGAUAAAACAUUAGUAGGAUAUAUAGGAACAAAUAAUAUAGAGUUUUCUACUUAUAGUUUUGAGAAUAUGGAAGGAGGUGGUAAUAAAGAUAUACAAAGAAAAAUUGAACAUAAGAAUAGACAUUAUAGAUGGUUCUUUGUAUAUUUUGGAUAUUAACAUGAAAAAUCAACUUGUCAUGUUCAUAUUCAAUGGUCAGAUGAAAUGUCAUAGUAAGGAUUCACACAUAUUAAUCAUUAUUUGACUAAUCAAUUUUUCAUUUAUAUUGGUAAAGAACCUCUUUUUUCUGGAUUUAAUGGAUUGAUUACAUAGGUUAAAUUCAAUAUGGGUGAAGGAGCAUAUAAAUAAAGUACUGAUUAUAAAGAUUAGGAUAAUAUAUUUGGUUUUGAUUUAUAAUCUAUUAAGAAAGAAAUUAAGACAUUUGAUAUAACAAAAUCAAAGGAGAAAAUUAUGAUAGACUCAAAUAGUGAUGAAGAAUCUAAUUAUAUGAAAGUAUUUAAUAAAGAAGAAUUGGAUGAAGUUUUUGAAUAUGGAUAUGGAUUUUGGUUAAGAUAUUUAAGGAAUUAUCCAAAAGUAUAAAUUGAAGGUUUAAAAGUUGAUUGGAGUUUUAUAAGUAGAUUAAGCAAAAAUGAUGUUUUAUAAGAUGUUACUUUAGGUGAUAGAACAUUGGCAAUUUGGUUGGGUAAAGGAUUCUAUCAUUUUACUACAUAUAAUUAAUAAUUCUCUAAUAUUUUUAAUAAUGUGAAUCAUCCAUCUGAUAUUGAAGGUUUAUGGACAUUUAUACAUUAUUCACAUAAUCUUAAUAAAGAAUAAAGUGUAUCAUAUAUAUAAUUUGGUAAUGAUAAACCAAUAAGAUCUGCUUAAUAAUGUGUUCAUGUGAUUCCAUCUAUUUUAAAGUUCUAUUUGGGAGGUAGACACUUGACUUAUAAAGGAUUUAAUGGAUAAAUAAGUGGAGCUUAUGUUAGUGUGAAUAAAGGAAUUUAUAUUGAUAAUGAGGAAAAGUUUUAAGAUCUAUUAAAAUCUAUACCUUAACCUACAACAUAUAGAGUAGAAUUGAUAUAAAAUGUAUUAUUGGAGAAAAAUACAAGAUUUGAAAUGAAUUCAGAAGCAAAAUAAUUUGAAUUUGAAAAUUAGAAAUUUAGUGGAGAAUAUUCUUGGAGUGGUUGGUUUAAAUGGUCUAGUGUUAUUUAAAAUGCAUGGCAUUUAGCUGUAAGAUUGUCUACACUAGAAAAUUAUGAAAACAAAAAUAGUUUGGGAGACAGAACAUUAUGUUUAUGGAUUGGAUAACAAGCAGGUGGAAUAUUGUAUUUCUCUACAUAUACUUAUACAGAUUUAUAUGGUUCUGGAAAUGCAAAUAGUGUUUAAAAUAUUUAAUAUAAGGAUGAUAUUGCUAAAUGGCAUUUUAUAUAUUUUGGAUACUCAAGAGUUUAAUAAUUGGCUUAUGGUAAAGUUGAGUUUGGAUUUAGAAAAGAAUAAGUAAAUUUUGAGAAUCAUCAUCAUUAUUUACCUAAUAAAUUCUUUUUAUCUAUUGGAAAAGAUAAAUGGCAUGAUCCUUAUUUAGGUAGUAUAGCUUAUUUGAGAUUCUAAUCAGGAGAAGGAGCAUUUUAUUAAGGAGAAUUCAAAGAUGCUAAAGAUGAUUUAUUUGCUAAUAAAUUGGGAUCAAUGGAAUUAUUAAAAUCUAAAUUAAAAUUUGAUGUUGAUAAAGAUGCUACCACUAAGAUGUUUGCAUCUCCAUAAGUAGAUUAAAAGGAACCAAUAUUUUCUAAGAUAUUUAAUGAAGAAGAAUUGGAGAAUGUUUCUGAAUAUGGUUAUGGAUUCUGGUGUAGAUUUCUUACUAGAUAUCCAACUUAAUUAAUUGAGGGAUUAAAAGCAGAUUGGUCAUUCAUAUCAAGAUUGACUAAAAAUUAAAAUAAGGGAGAUAUGAAUUAUGGAGAUAGAACUUUGGCUAUAUGGUUAGGUAAAGGAUUCUAUCAUUUCACAACAUAUUCACAUAAAUAUGCUAAUAUAGUUCAUAAUAUUGAUCAUCCAGUAGAUAUUGAAGGAUUAUGGACAUUUAUUUAUUAUUCACAUAAUCUAUACAAAAAAGAAAGUGUAGCUAUGAUUAAAUUUGGAGAAGGUAAAGUAAUAAAGGGAGUUAUUCCAGCUAUUCAUUAAAGUCCAACCUUCUUAUAAUUAUACAUAGGAGGUAAUAAUAUGAAAUAUGCUGCCUAUAAUGGAUAGUUUGCAGGUAUAUUGUUUUCAAUUGGAGAAGGAAUAUUCUUAUCUGAUGAGACAGCUUUGGAAAAAUUAUUAGAUAAAUUGAAAAAACCAAAUGAUUAUAGUUUGAAAUUAUAGACUAAGGAUAUGAUUACAAAACCUAAGUAAUCUUUUGUUGCUUAGGAAACAGUAUUUGAUGAUGUUCCACUAGUUGGAUAAUAUUCUUGGAGUGGUUGGUUUAAAUGGAAAUAAAUGGGAUAAUAAUUCCCUUGGUAUUUAAUGGUUAGAUUAGCAAUAAUUAGAAAUACAAGUGAUAUCAAAUUAUUGGGAGAUAGAACUUUAAUGGCAUUUAUGGGUCAAGGUUAUAUUCACUUUACUACAUAUACUUAUAAAAAUAUUUAUGGAGAAGGAACACCAAAUAUUUGGUAGAAUAUAAAUCAUGAUGGAGAACAUAUUUAAUGGCAUUUUGUAUACUUUGGUUAUUCAAGAGCUUAAAGAUUGGCUUAUGCAACGAUACAUUUUGAUGAUAGAAUUGAAUCUGUUUCAUUUAAAGAUACUAAUCAUUUCAUUCCAAAUGUAUUUGCUUUAACAAUAGGAAAAGAUAAAUGGUUUAAUUAAUAUAAUGGAGAUAUUGGAUAUUUUAAAUUUAAUGCAGGAGAAGGUGCUUUCUAAACGGAAAAUUAUGAUAAAGUAUAAAAUGAUAUAUUUGCAUUCAAAAUUGGAAGGUUAUCUACAAUCAAUCCUAAUAAACCUCUUCCAGAAGAAGUUAGAAAACAUGAAUAUUUUGACAAUUCUUUAGAGAGUGAAACAGUCUAUUCAUUUGAAAUAUCAAAAGAUAUUUAUGAAUAAUCAUUAAAUUCACAUGUACCUGAAAUAAUAGGAGGACAAGGAGAGAUUACUUAAAGUGAUGAAUAAAUUGAAGAAGAGAAAAAAGCAAUUGAAAAAUAAGAAUAAGACUUGAAAAAAGAAGCUGAAAAAUUUAAGAAUGAAAAAUCAGUUGGAAUCAUAGAGGGCCAUUAUUAGUUUCCUGAUUAGGAUAAACAAAGAGUAAUAUCUGAUGAACCAGUUGAUAUUGUUAAACCUAUCUAAGAAUAACCAAAUAAAGAUGGAGAUUAACCAAAAUAAUAAUAAUAAUAAUAAUAAUAAUAAUAAUAACAAUAAUCAGAUUGGGAUGGAUUAAGAUUCUAUGGAUAUGGAUUUUAUUUGAGAUAUCUUACAAUGUAUCCAUAACAAUUAAGAGAUGGUAAAAGUGCUCCUUAUUAUUUCAUUUCAAGAUUAACUUGGAAUCCUUAACCAUAAGAUAUUGGUAUGGGAGAUAGAGUGUUAAGUAUCUUUUAAGGAUAAGGAUCAUAUAGUUUCCAUACUCUAGAUAAACCAUCCAAUAAUCCUAAUUUAAGAACAAUUAUACCUUAUGGUGAUAUUGAAGGAAUUUGGACAUUUGUAUAUUUCAGUUAUUCUCAAGUAGAUAAAAAGGCUGUAGCAUUUAUUAAGUAUGAUGAAAAUGCUGAAAUAUACAGAAGGGAUAUUGUUUGUAAUCAUGGAGAUGUUGAGUAUUUAAAAUUAAUGAUUGGUGGAAAAUAAGGUAUUUAUUAAGGAUUUAAUGGUUAAAUUGCUAAUUAUGCUUUUAAAUAUGGUAAAGGAGCAUAUAUAAAUGAUUUUGAAUUGUACAAGAGAGUUUUAUCAAAUAGAAUUCCUCAUCCUUUUGCUGAUGAUUAUAAAUUCAAUUAAAUUAAAAUUAUUGAAGCUUAAGCUGGUUUCAAAGGAGAUGAAUAAACUGAUAGUAUAAAAGAAAUAGAGAGUCAUUUCUAAAAUGAAUAUGCUAUAAGUGGAUGGUUAAGAUGGGAUUAACCUAUUGGAGCUCCAUUCUUUGCUAUCUUUAGAUUAAGUGGAUUUAAAGUAGAAGAUAAUAAUGAUUCUAAAUUAGGAGAUAGAGAUAUGAUGCUAUUUAAACAUACUUCAUAUUACUUAUUCUAAUCAUAUAAUUAUCACAAUUUAAAUGGAGGAGGAGAUUUUGCAAUUAAUUGGUAAGUGAAUCAUCAAGAAUGGGAUCAAUUUUGGCACUUUUUUUAUAUUGGUUAUAAACGAGAAAGCAAACAACUUUAUUAUUAUGUCUCAUUUAUUGAUGAUGAAUUCGAUUAAGUACAUAAUAAUAUCCAUCAUUUCAUUGUUCAUAAACAUUAUCUCCAAUUUGGUAGAGACUAUAGUAAAUUCUAUAGUAAACAUAGAGGAUUUACAGGAUAAGCUACUUAAGUCAUCUUAAGUUAUGGUAAGGGAUCUUUCCAAACAAAACCCUUUAAUAAUGAUAUAUUCUUGUAUAUGAAAGGAGUCAAAGAACUAUUUUCAUCUUUGGAAUUAAUCACAAAGGAAAGUGAUCGAAAUAAAUUGUUAAUUGCAGAUGCUAAUAAACAAGAUACACUUAUGGAUCUUGAAAUUAAUGAUGGAGCAGAUUAUAAUAUUAGAGGAUUGAAUGAAUAUGGAUGGGCUUUAUGGUGUAGAUGGUCUAGGACAUUAACUAAACCUAUUUAAUUUAAAGAUGCUUGGUACUCACUUGCAAGAAUUGCCAAUAGAAAAGGACAUCAAGAUUUAGCAGUUCCAGGUGAUAGAACUUUGGCAACAUGGAUAGGCAUGGGAUUCUAUCUUUUUAGUACCUAUACUAGAGGAGUCUUGUAAUUAACUGAAUCAAUUCCUUAUGGAAAAUUUGAAGGAUAAUGGAAUUUUGUUGUUUUUGCUUAUCGUAAAAAUAUAGCUAAGGCAAGUGUCUUAUUUGGAUAAGAUUCAACAAUUAUAGAGAAAGAAUUUAAAGUGAAGCAUAAUUUAGUUAAAGAUUAUUUAAGAUUUAUUGUUGGAUCAGAAUUUAACUAUAAAUUCUUUAAUGGACAUUUAGUAAAUAUAUAGCUUAGAUUGGGUAGUGGAGCUUAUCUAAAUAAGGAGGAAAUUUUAAUAAUUGCUAAUGGAGAAUUAGGAUUACCUGCAGAAUCAAAAUAUGAUUAGAGUAGAAAAACAAUAGAAAUUGUUAAAGAAAGAAUUCCUAAUUCUGGUUAAGGAAGAGAAUUUGAUAUUAAAGAAGAAAUUGCUUAAGGUAAAUUAGAAUAUUCAAUAUCUGGAUGGGCUAAAUGGGUAGAUAUACCAGCUAUAUAGCCUUGGUAUGUUUUAUAUCGUGUCUCAUAUUAUGAUUAUAAUGAGUUAUUAAAUAUGCAAAUACCAGGAUCAAGAAUCUUUUCUUGUCAUAAAGGUUAUGGAUUCUAUCAUUUUAAUACAUAUACAGUGGAUUAAGAGAAUGGAGGAGCAUGGUAAAUUGUGAAGAAUGUUGAUUAUGAUUAAACCUUACAUAAAAAUUGGGUAUUUUUCUAUUAAGGAUAUUCACAUUAAAAACAAUAAGUUCAUCUUUAUGUAAAAUAUCCAGGAUAAGAAGAACAUUAUACAUUUAUUAAAAUUAAUCAUUUUAUUGCUUAAAGAUUUAAGAUUCAUUUUCUAUUAGAUAGAUGGAAUCCAGGUUUUAAUGGAUAUAUUGAAAGUUGGUACUUUAAUGUUGGUUCUGGAUCUUAUAAAGAAAGUGGAUAUGGUAUAGGUGAAAAUGAAGAAACUACUUUUGGAUUUGGAUUGCAUAAACCAGCUCAACCAAAGAAUUGGUAAUUUGAUGAUAAUUAUGCUUGUGGAUUUACAUAAUAAAAUGUAGGUUAAGAAGUAGAAUAUAAAGAUGAUUUAUAAAUAGAUGGAUUAAUUGAAUAUGGAUAUGGUAUGUGGACUAGAUUUGCUUGGAAUACUCCAAUUAAAAUGAUUAAUAAACCAACAUGGAUGGCAUUAUCAAGAUUGACAGUUAAUCCAAACUAUUAAGGUGAUGCUGCUUAAUUAGGAGAUAGAGCUUUGGCUAUUUGGGUUGGACCAGGAUUCUAUCAUUUUACAACAUCUACAAGAGGAAAUUUCAAUGUAGUUAACAAUAUAGAAUAUAAUCAAAUGUUAGAUGGAUAAUGGAAUUAUAUUUGGUUUGGAUAUAAAAGAGUAAAUGAUAAAUAAGGUAGUGCUAUUGGAUAUGUAGUAUUUGAUGGUUAAUUAAUUAGAAAGACAAAUUUAGGUAAUAUUAUUUAACAACCUUUGAAUGACUAUUUAUAUCUAGCAGUAGGAAGUUCAGGGAGAUACUUUUUGGACAGAUAUCAUUAAUUUAAUGGUCAUAUUUAAAAAGUCUCUUUAAUAUUGGGAUCUGGAGGUUUCUUUGAAAAUGAAGAUUUAUUAAGAAGACAAAUCCCAUCUAAACCAGAAUUUUUAAGAAAUUAAAAAUUAUUUACUAAGAUUGUUGUAGAUGAUGUUAAAAUUAUGAAAAGAGAAGAAUGGGUACCUGCACCUGUAGAAUUUGUUGAUGAAUUUGAUGGAGCUUAUGAAUAUUCAGUAUCAUUAUGGUUCAAAUGGACUAAAACAUAUAGAGUAGCAUGGGAAAAUGUAUUCUCCGUUUCUUAUAAUGAAUAAAAUAUAAGAGCUAAUCAUGCUAAACCUGGAGAUAGAGUCUUAUCUAUGUUUUAAUAUGCAGAUCAUAGAAUAUUCUUUAGUACUUAUACAACUCCUGGUAAUCAUGAUCAGUUUGCUCAUUUAUACACUGAAUGUCCAGUAGAUAUACCAUCAUAAUCUGAAUGGGUUUAUGGUUAUUAUGGUUAUAGUAGAAAUUAAAAUAAGGUGAUAUCAUUUUUACAAACAAAAACAUAGAAAUGUUUAAAGGCUUUACCUUGUAUGCAUAGAGUGCCUAAAUAUAUGGGAUUAUAUGUUGGAAAAGAUGGCAUACAUACUCCAUAUAAUGGUAAAUUUAGUAAAUUAUAUUUUAUGGGACAUGCAGGAUCUUAUAUUGAAGGAAAUUUCUAAUCUUUUGAACCAUUUGCUGCUGGAGGAAUAUCAACUACAAAACCAGUCUAUUUCUGGAGUGAUUAAAAAGAGAAAUUUGAGAUAGCAUACGAUUAAAAUAAAGUAUUUGAAUUAAAACCAGAAGAAGUUGAUGAAUAAACUUCAUAUAGUAUAGGUAUGUGGACAAAAUAUUUUACUGCAAUUCCAAAAAGACUUCUACAAAAACCAGAUUGGUUACAUAUUGCUAGAUUAACUAUCAAUCCUAAUCAUAAAAAUUAUGAAAAUAUUGGAGAUAGAACUUUGGCCAUUUUUAUUGGAAGAUAAUACUAUGCAUUCUUUACUUAUAAUUCUGCUAAUAACAAUCCAAAUAUAGUUUAAAAUAUAAGAUAUGAAGAUAAUUUAGAAGGUGAAUGGAAUUUCAUCUAUUUCUCUUAUAAUUCUGAAUUACAGUUAGCUACAGGUUUUGUUGAAUUCAGUAAACUUGAUAAGAUUUAAAGAAUUUAAUUUAGAGAUAUUUAACAUAAACCUAUUGAUAAUUAUGCAAAAUUAGUUAUUGGAAAUGAAUUUUCAUAUCAAGGAUUUAAUGGAUAAAUUGCUGGUUUAUAGUUAGGAUUUGGUAAGAGAUAUUAUGUUCAUGACACAGAUGCUCUAAAUAAAAUCAUUUUAGAAUUCUUCAAACAACCAGGUGAUGAAGAGGAUGAUAAUAAAAAAAUCAAUAUUGUUGAAGAAGUAAAAGAAAGGGUAUUCAAUAAUGGACCUGAUUAUAAAGAAAUAUUAGAUUAGAAAGGGGCUGAAGAAUAUGCCAUGUAUGGAUGGUUUAGAUAUACAAGUACUUAAUUAAAGACUCCAAAUAAUUGUAUAAUGAGAUUAACUAAUAAUGAAUAAGCAUAUAGAGGUGAAAUAAGUAGAGUUGGAGAUAGAACAUUAUUAGUUAUGUUGUAACCAGGUGAAUAUGUAUUUGCAACUUAUUCACUUGGUAAUAUAGAUAAUGGAUAAGUUGUGAAUAUUAGAAAGCCGACUCCAUAUAAAACUAAUCUUGGACUUUGGACUUAUAUUUACUUUGGGUAUCAUUUUUAAAAAAGAAAAGCUUCAGGAAUCAUCAAGUAUCCAAGUGGUUACGCUUUAGUUCCUUAUGAUAAUGUUUUACAUAUGGUUCCAAAUUAUUUAUUAUUCUUUUUUGGAGGAGAUGGAAUGCUUGGAGGAUGGCAUGGUUAGAUGCAAAAAGUUAAUUUAAUAUUUGGUAGAGGUGCUUUUGUAGAUUCUACUAAAGGAAAUUUUGAAGAAAAAUUGCCUAAUUUAUAAGGAGUGGAAUCUAAGCCUUUGAUUUGGGAUGGAAUAGACAAUAAAAUUAUUGAAGUACCAUUAGUUGAUAAGCCAGGAUUAGAUAUUGUAUUUAAUAAAGAUGUAAAUGGAUUCACUGAAUAUGGAUAUGGAUUAUGGACUAGAUGGUUGACUACUAUUCCAAAUAGAAUUAUAGAGAAAGCUCCAUUUCAUUAAUUAAUUAGAUUAUGUAGCACAGAAUAAUAUGAGGAUUCUGUUUAAUUAGGUAAUAGAGUUUUGGCAAUUUGGAUUGGUAAAGGUUAUUAUCAUUUCACUACAUAUAAUAAAAUUGGAAACAAGAUUUCCACUUCUUAGAAUAUUAAUUAUGAUGAUAAUUUAGAAGGAGAAUGGAAUUACAUCUAUUAUUCAUUCACUAAUAAAAAAUAAGCAAGAGCAGUUGGAUUUGUAUAUUUCAGUGAAUAAUCAGGUACAGCCAUUUCUAGAGUUGAGUUUUUAAAUUUAGAACAUGUACCACUUAAUGGAUAUGCUCGAAUUGUGGCUGCUAAUAAAGAGUUUGGGUAUUAAUCAUUUAAUGGAAUGAUUGCAGAUUUACAAAUUCAUUUAGGAAAUGGAUUUAUAGGUUCUAGAGAAUAAUUGAUCAAAGAAAUUAUUCAACUUAAUCCAAGACCACCUUUGGAAAUUAAAUCUAAAACAGAUGUAAAUUUGAUAAAAGAAGAAGUCAUAAUUAAGCCUGAAGAAAAGAAAGAAAUGAAAUAUAAUUACUAAGAAUACAAAGGAGUAAAUGAAUAUGCAGUCUCUGGUUGGUUGUAAUCAAAAGUUAUGGGUUUGACAGAAGCUUAUAAAAAUGUAUUCAGAUUAACAAUUAAUCCACCAGAUUUCUAAAGAGAUAAAUAAUAUGCAGGAGAUAGAACAUUAUCAUUAUUUUAAAGUAAGACUAAGUUAGCAUUUUCAACUUAUACAUAUGGAAAGUUAGAUACAUAGGGAGAUGAUAAUAAUGAAUUUAAUAGAAUUAUCAAUUCUGGAAAUAGUAAUGGUGAAUGGGUAUUUGUUUACUUUGGAUACUAAUUCAAAUCAUAAUAAGCCUUUGCAUUUACACUUUUCUUAAAUCGACAAGAUAGUGCUCAAUUUAAUAACAUAAAACAUUUUGUUCCUAAUUAAUUCUUCUUUUAUUUGAGUAAUGAUGGAUAUUAUCCAAUAUUUGAUGGUAGUUUAUUUGAUUGGAAUCUUUAUUUUGGAGAUGGAGCAUUCACUAAAAAACCAAGAUAAAUAAUUAAUUAAUGGCCCAUUGAACCAAUUGACGAAUUUGAAGGAGUAAUCUCUGCACUCUUAUCAAAUAAAGGUUUAAAUUCUAUGAAAGUAAUAAGACCUGAAAAAAAGGAAGAUGAAGAAAUUAUUUUUAAAAAUAAUUUCCCUAAAUCUGGAACUAUUUCUGGAAAUCCAAUUCCUCGUUCUGGUUAAACAUAAGUUGAUACUAAAUAGCAAAAGCCAACAUCUUAAACUAUUGUUAAAUAACCUUAAUCAGGAUAGCUUAAUACUGAACAAUAAAAAUAAUUAUAAUAAGCUAGAAAACCAUUAUCUGGAAUAGCAGAUCCAAAAUGA